CAUGUGGGAUAUCAUUAGCAACAGAUUUUCCUUUACGCGAUUUGUGCCGUUCAAAGAUAUCAUAGUGCUUCACAGGAAUCUGGUUCACAAAAGAAGCAAAACAUCGAUGUACCAAUUACAUCAUUGAAAAGGCCACCCAUCCGAUAAAAGCCUGGGUUGCGAACCCCAGGGCCAUCGCCGCCCCCACUUUCGUCGAGACCGUUUCAAACUUGCUGCUGCUUCCGGACAUAUAUGCAGUCAAAUCCAUUGUGACAUUUGUUAAUGACCCCGCCAAUCCAUUCCUACUGAGUGGUAAAUCAACGGUCGAAUAUAGAAUGUGCUUCUCCCUUGGAAGGAGUUGGAGGUAGGGGGAAUCGCCUGCAAACGAAAAGGAUGCCGUGGUGACAUAACGCCAAAAGUGCAAUCCAAAAACAUAUCUAUCACCUUCUUUGCCCAUUUUAAACACGUCAUCUUCGAUCAAAUUCGUGGUGAUAGAAAUAUCGAUGGUGGUAUUUCCGAAUCCCGAGAGACGCGGGAAGUAGAUUGUCAGAACCGAUACGGCGUCGGGGUUAGCAGCUAACGUUUGUGUAACUGCCGUGUACACAUUGGGUGGAAGGUAGAUCUUGUCUGACCCCGUAUCGACGUGGUAGGGUGUAGGUUCCAUGAGAGGGGCGCUUCCGUCGACGUCUAUCUGUGAAACAGUUGUCUCGUAGGUGAGAAUUUCGUUCCGGACGAUCUCAAUCUUCGGAACUGCGUCCGAACGGAUCCCCUGGGAUGAAUCGGCCUCUGUGUUCCCAGUGCCACUCGUGUCAAUCACCUGCCCGGCCUUACCAUAAGUGAGUUUGCCCGAGGCUUUCCCAAGGGUUCCGUCCCAGCUCAAACUCCAUUGAUCUGCCUUGCGGCGAGCCAUAGCCGAGUUGAAAUUUGAGGGAAGCUCGACUACGUGUUUGGGGCAUUUACACCCUCUCGUGUCCGUCGCAGGACAGUAAGACCUUCCGCCAGAUUUAUCUUCCCUGUCAUCAAGCUUGGGCCAUGUGUCCCAAUCAAUAUCUUGCUCAAGCACAAAGGUGUUUGAUCCAAUUCCCGGAAUUCCACCCAAACCCCAAGUUCCACGGACGGUAGAAAGCUCCAGUCCCUUCGACCCCUCGUCUAUACCUCCGCAAGAAUUCCCUGUCAGGCCCACAACCUUGUCCAUGACGGAAAAAACUGAAUUUGCUGCUGGGGUGCUCUCGUCRUCAUCGUCAAGUUCGACCAGGUUACCAACAUAUGAAGGUCCGAACCAUCCGUGUGUUCCUCCUCCAUAACGCAGACACUGGCUCAAAUAUUUACUGGGAGAAGUAAUGGAUGCAUCCGACACCAAGCGCUUCACUCCAUAGACUCGAUUGGGAUUUGGAAUGUCGCAAAAUGCAAGGGUGCUAGAUCCCUGGAAAUCGCAUGGGAAAUAAUCGAUAAUAAAAUGAAAUAAAAUAGAGCAAAAUUAGUGCAUAUUUUCUUCGGUGGGUUCAAAUACAUGCUCGUAACUUGUACCCAAAAAACAAAAUCCAAAUGCAUUGAUGAUUUCAGUUGGAGGACAUGAAUACUCGCGCCCGAUUUCGUUGCAUCGUUCAUUUUCGUUCUAUUCAAUUCUCCUUCAUGCACUCACGGAAUCUAUCAUCAAGAGUUCUCCUCCUAAAUUUCCAAACAGCCGAAAUUUACAUCCAAAUUCCGCUUCUGAACACCAAUAUCCAAAAGCUACGUCCAUGGUGUGCGAGUGCUGAUACAGUUCCGGAACUCCUUGUCCUCCCACCCCAACCAUUCCAAUACUGCUAGUCGCGAGAAAGAGGGCGACGACUGCAAGAGAAAAGAUGCAGCCGUUGCUAGUACGAAGUUUAAUCAUUUUCUGUAGCAUUUGGCGUUGUGAAUUUGGACGAUCUGGCCGAUAUUUCUAUGUGGCGAUGAYGCAUGAAUUCCUACUUCUAACAAUUGUUUUCUUUUGAUGGAAAGUAAUACCCAUGUUCGACUCUAAACAUGUUGUGCGAUGACGAUGACGACGACAAAGACAACGACAACGAUAAGGAGGACGGCACGGCCAUCGAAGACCGACGAAAAACACAAAAAUCUGGAUUACAACUACGUACCGUACUACGGUACAUGUACCAUACMCCGGACUAAGUUUCACGGAUGAGUAAUUCACACCCGCUUGUGUUUCACUCGACAAUUUUUCCGAAGUUUGAUCGAUAGUACUGUUGAUGAACAGACGUCGAGCGCGGUCAAAAUAAUUAUUUGGCCAAUAAAACAUUUUUGUUAAUUAUUUGUCGAAUGAGUCAUGAAUUACAGAGUCGAUUUCAGGUAUGAAAUCUGUGUGAGAAACACUCACAUUCCAAUAUGAUCUCAUUCUUUAGUAAUUUAUCUAGUCAAUAGGAUUAAUUUUCUUUAAGACUUCGUACAAUUACAGUAUCGAAUCAACAUAAAUUACUAAAGAAACAAACAAGCCAAUAGAUCUUUCUGUCUAUCGCCAGUAGCACUCAACCAAGGAACUGUG